AUGAGGCCGCUGUGGGGUGCGCAUGCAUCAAGUGGGAUCCGAUCCCAGAGAGCAGCAGCUAAGCCUUUUGCUGCUGUGCCGCUUCCCGUCUGUGUAAGAUCUCAUCUGCUGCUGCAGCGACAGCAGCAGCAGCAGCAGCAGCAGCAGCACCUGCUGCAGCAGCAGCAGCCUGGCAAGGCCGGAUCUUUUACUGCUGCUGCUGUUGCGUCAGCUGCAACUGAAACACGCAGCAGAUGCAUCAGCGGGGAAGCGCAUCAGCAGCAGCAGCAACAGCAAGAGCAGCAGCAGCAGCAGCAGCAGCAGCAGCAGCUAUUGUUAGUGCCCCGAGAGUUCCGCAGGGCUGCGCCUCAGCUGCUGCAGCAGGGCUUGCUGCUGCAGCAGCUGCAGCAGCUUCCGCAUUACAGCCACCGCACGGUGCUGCGGGUUGUGCUGCUGCUGCUGCAGCAGCCCGAGCAGCUCCGGGGGUCUGAUUUGCUGCUGCUGCCAGCAGCAGCAAAGCAGCUGCAGCUGCUGCACUUCCACGUGGUGGAUGCUGUUGCUGCAGUAGCAGCAAACAGCCCCAGCCUGCGCUUUGCGUCGCUGCAGCAGCAGCAGCAGCAGCAGCUGCUGCUGGACCUCCUCGGCCUCCCCGCCGUCCCUGCGCACAGUCCCAGCAGCAGCAGCAGCAGCAGCAGCAGCAGCAGCAGCAGCAGCAGCAGCAAGCCGCUGCUGUCAGCUUUUGUUGCUGCACUUGACGACCUCCCUGUGCGCUGCCACCCGUCCCACACGCAUGCGCUGCAGCGCUUCUUUCUUGCUGCUGCUCACAGCAGCAGCAGCAGCAGCAGCAGCAGCACUGAGGACGUGCUGCUGCUGCUGGACUCACUGGGCUUCGCUGCAGCAAGGGGCGCCUUCAAGCGGGUAGAGCUGCAGCAGGAAGCUGCGCUGCUGCUGCUGCUGCUGCUGCAGCGGCUGGCGGCGCUUAAAGCAGCAGAGCCCUUGCCCCUUCUUCCCCCCAGCAGCAGCAGCAGCAGCAGCAGCAACAGCAGCAGCAGCAGCAGCAGCAGCAGCAUUUUAGGAGCCUUCGUGGCCCUCAGCAAGCUGCCACGCACGGGGUGUAUCUCCACCUCCCACUUGAGGGCCCCUUUGGACACUCUUGAGCUGCAGCUGAAGCCGCUGGUCGUUUUGCUGCAGCAGCAGCAGCAGCAGCAGCAGCAGCAGCAGCAGUUGCAGCAGCAGCAGCAGUUGCAGCAGCAGCAGCAGCAGCGGCUCGAGCUGCUGCAGGGCGACAGCCUGCUGGACUCUCUCUUGGCGGAAUUCGCUGCUGAGCUGCUGCAGCACGGAGACCAGAUUGCAGAGCCGCAGCAGCUUGCUGCUGCUGUUGCUGCUGCUGCUGCAGUGCUGCAGCGGCACGCCGGCCCAGGAAAAGCAGCAGCAGCUGGAUCCGUAGCAGGAUCAGCAGCAGGAGAAUCAGCAGCAGCAGUAGCAGCAGCAAAGCUCUUAGACCCCUCCAAAGCAGCAGCAGCAGCAGCAGCAGCAGCAGCAGCAGGCUGCAGCAACAGGUCUUCGACCUGCAGAAAAUUUGGCCGGCAGACGGCGCUGCUUGCGGAGAUGCUGCUGCAGAGCAUCAGUGAGCAGCAGAGAGCAGCAGCAGCAGCAGAAACAGCAGCAGAAGCAGCAACAGAGGCAGCAGCAGAAGCAGCAGCAGAAGCAGAAGCAGCAGCAGCAGCAGCAGCAGCAAAAGCAGCAGUACAAGUGUACGCAGCAGUGGGAACGGCAAGGGAGGGGCUGAAGGUGCAGCUGCUGCAGCAGCAGCAGCAGCAGCAGCAGCGGCGGCGGUGCACUGCACCUGCUUUAAGAUUGGGUGCUGUUGCGCUCCAGCAGCAGCAGCAGCAGCAGCAGCAGCAGCAGCAGCUCUGCAGCACUGCUUUGGUGUACAGACAACUGGGCCGUGUGCAGGAACUGGCAAAGGAGACAAUAAUGGCAGCAGCAGCAGCAGCACCAGCAGCAGCAGAAGCAGCAGCAGCAGCAAACAUGUCCGGCGCAGCUGUGCGUCUCGAUUCGUCCACACUUGCCUUGCUGCAGCGCGCAGCAGCAGCAGCAGCAACAGCAGCAGCAGCAAGAGCAGCAGCAGCAGAAGACAGCGCCUGGGCAGCAGAGCUCGUCUGCCGCUGCGGGACGCUUGCAGAUGCUGCUGCAGCACUACGGAUCCAUGCUACUGCAGCAGCAGCAGCAGCAGCUGCUGCUGCUGCUGCUCCUGCAGCAGCACGCAAGAGGCGGAGCCUCUGGCCGUGUCGGGCUCGUCCAGCAGCAGCAGCAGCAGCAGCAGCAGCAGCAGCAGCAGCUACUCCUGCUGCUGCAGCAGCUCGUGGGGCGCGUAGCAGCAGCGCGAAGCCAAAGUCAGACGCACCGUCAAAGCAGCAGCAGCAGCAGCAGCAGCAGCAGCAGCAGCAGCAGCUGGAGCUCCCUGCAGCUGUGCGCGUGCUGUCUGCACACCUGAGGGCGCGGCUUGCUGCAGUGGAAGCAGCAGCAGCAGCUUCCUGCCAGCCAGCAGCAGCAGCGCUGCAGCAGCUAGCCUCGCUGCAGCAGUUUCUGAAGCACCGCACUUCCCUUUUGCUGCGCGAGAGAGAUGUGAGCCCCGGUUUGCUGCUGCAGCUGAUAGGCCUCGCCAGCAGCAGCAGCAGCAGCAGCAGCAGCAGCAGCAGCGGCAGCAGCAGCAGCAGCAGCAGCGGCAGCAGUGCGAGACCUAUGCGCACCGUGAGGCAGCAUCUUGCUGCAGUUUGCCAGCAGCUGGGAAAAGCUGCAGCAGAAAUUCACAGCUGGCGACGCAGCAGCAGCAACUUGCCGAGGCAGCAAGAGGGUGUCUGUACACCGCAGUGCUGCAGCAGCCGCUGCAGCAAAAGCAAUUUACCCGGGGGAGCUGGAGGCUUUGUGGCUGCAGCAGCAGGCGAUUUCGUUUGCUGCUGCUGCAGCAGAGCAGCAGCAGCAGCGAGACCCCAUGGACCUCAAGGUCGUGCCACAGCAGCCGCAGCAGCCGCAGCAGCAGCAGCAGCAGCAGCAGCAGCAGCAGAUACAAAAGCUGCUGCAGCAAAUGAAGGAGGGGGUGCUGCCCGUCUGCUGGAGCAGCAGCCCUAUCACGCCAAGCAGCAGAACGGCUGCUGCUGCUGCUGCUGCUGCUGCUGCAGCAAACUAAUCCCUCCGCUGCUGCCUACGCCGCAGUUGCUGCUGCAGCAGCAGCAGCUGCAGCAGCAGCUGCAGCAGCAGCAGCAGCAGCAGCAGCAGAAAGUAUAUAACUGCGCUUUCAAUUCCUAUUUUGAGUGCUUGGUGCUGGGGUGUAUAGGCAGGUGUCUGCAUGCCGUUUGCUGGAAUUUGAAAUGGAAAUAA